AUGCUUUUAACAAACACAUCUUCUUUGAACGAAAUUCAGGAAAUUAUUGCUUACAGUUAAUCAAAUCUAUAAAUAAUGUUAAAUAUGGAAUAAUUUUUGAAAUAUUUGAGAGAGAAUGAUCCAUUUGCAAUUGACUUUCUCUUUAAGAAUGUUCAGCAAAUGUUUGAUAUUUUGUUUGUUGAUUUUGAUAAAGUUUAAAUGGAUUAAUUUGCUCUUUAUAGCGAUUUAAUUACUAAAAUAUUUGAGAUAAUAGAUUCAAACAUAGAGCCAAUAAUGAAAUAAAUAGAAGUGAUAUUUAGAUAUAAUAUUAGAAUUAUUGGGAAGUUAUCUUUGAUUUGAGAUGGAGAAAAGUAACACCAGAUAUUUAAUGGGGAUUAGCUCAUCGAUUACUUUAAUUGAUAAAGGAAAGAGACAAAAAAUUUGUGAUUGAUCAAUUUUAACGACCUAACUUCCUUGUUUCUUUUUUACCUUCUCUUCAAAUUGAUAGUGUUGCAUAAAUUAUUAUAAUCUUUUAUGAGUUUGGAUUUCAUCAAUAGCAAUUAGAUUUUUUAAAAGCAGGCUUUGCAAUUUUUUAAGAUUUUGAACCUUGUAAAGCAAUAAAUUUUACAUAUAUUGUUCAUGAAAUAAUGGUUAGAAUAUUAAAUGAUGCAUAAAUUGAGUAUAUAAUAAAAGGAGAAGUUUAGAGAAAGAUGCUUUCUAUUAUUAUUAGAGAUGAUAUUAAUUCUAUGUAAAAUAUAAAUAUAUUUAUAGCACUUAAAAAAAUGCUGCUCAUGUUUUAUCAUUGAUUUCUUAUCAUUAUUCAAAGAAUAUGUAAAAUAUCUAAUUGUAUGAGCCAGAGACUUUAGAAAUUACUUAAAAAUUUAGAAGUACAGAAUUUUUUGAAUAUUUUGAUGUAAAAAUAUUAGCUUAAAUAUUAAAUUAAUCACUAUUGUAUUAAACUAAAGUUGGUUUUUUGACCAUUAAGCUUAUUGAAGUACUAAUAGAUUAUAAUUAUUUUAGAUCAUUGAUAAUUUAAUCAGAAUUACAGAUAUAUAAUUAUGGGAAAAGAUUGAUAAAGCAAAUAUCAUGGAAUUGAUAUUGAGUUUAAUGCAUAAAUUUUAUAAAUCAGAUAUUUUUAUAUCUUCAGUGAAAAAAAUGAUUACUUUCAUUUAUGAUAGAGCAUUAAAUGAUUAUCAUCCAUAUUGGGCUUCAAAAUUAAUAUUUAAGAAUAAAAUUCACGAAAAACAUCAUAGAUAAAUAGACUAUUAAAUUUAUUAAUUUGAAUAAAAGUUAUCCCUUAAAUUAAUUAAAGAUGGAGAUUUCUUAUUAUACUUUGAUGAUUUGAUAUAAAUAGAAGAAGAAUUAAUGAUUUCUCAUAAUUGGAGAACAUCAAAAGUGUAAUAAAUGAAAUAAGAAGAAAGACAUAAGAAUAAAUUAGGAGAAGAUCCUAGUAGUCCUUAAAUUGAAAACAAUAUUAUUGUAUCUGCUCUGGAUGUUGAUGAUUUCAAAUAUUAAGAAUAGGAUAGAGUUAAUGAAUCAACAAAUAAUAUUUUUAUUAAUUGUUAGGCUAACUCAAAUCCAAAAUAAAAUUAUUAAGAAAUAACUAAAAAUAUAUUCGAAACUAUUCCAAUUAUAAGAGCAGAUGUAGAUUCAGAAACAAAUUCAGAAUCAUCUCAUAAUGAAAAUGAAAUAUAAAAUGAUAAAAAUGUUAUUUGGGAAAAAAAUAUUUAAGCAGGGCAAUAUCAUUUUGAAGAUGUUUUGGAUCAUAUAGAUUAUAAAUCAAAUUAAUCAAAUAAAUUAUCUUAUUCUGAUUAAUUAGAUAAAAUAAUUAAAAAUAGAAAACUAUCAAUUAAUUCUUUGAAUUAAGACAAAUAAUAAAAUAAAGUUAUGACUAAUUCACUUAACAAUGAAUAUGAUACUUCUUUUCUUAAACAUUAAAGAAGAAAUUCUCUUUAACCAGUACCUGAUAUUAAUAAAUUCAAUGAAAAUUUUGAAGAAUUUCAUAUUGAUUUCUUAAAUGAUAGAAAAAUACUCAAAACAGAUAAUAAUUGCAUAUUAUAAGUUGAUGAAAUUGAUCUUGAAAAAGAAUCUCCUUAAAAAUUUAUGCAGAUUGUCUUUUAAAAAUAAAAUAAGGAGAUUUUAUUUAGAACAAAAAUAGUAGAGUAAAUAAAUUAAAAUACAGGAAAAAAGAUUGAAAAAGUUGAAGAUAUAAAAUUUAGAUAAAUAUAAUAAAAGGAUCUUCAUUUUUUAGAUUUUCUAAACAAUUAAGAAUGA